CCUGAAUUCAGAUGUUUCGUCGGAGGAUGAAUACGCUCUCACUCUCCCUGACAUACCUACCAGCAAUCUGGAAGCACCUAGCAUCAAGUGGCUGCUCGAGACCUCUACAGAUCCUGAAGUAUUUCUUGCCACUGCCAGCCUUGUUCCGCAGGUCGAAUGGCCCCUAGAUCUUGACGUCUCAGACAUGCUACAUCAGCUGUAUGAUAUUUAUACGAGCUGCGUCGGCUUCCAUGGGCGAAUUAUGCCGUCGUUGGAGGAGAAGGCCUCAGCUUGUAUAAUGGCCAUGAGUCAUGUAUACUGUGGCCGCGUUUUUCAGGCAUAUCCUACCCGUGGCGAAUUUCUUGGUUGCAGCAAAAGAGAUUAUGACAUGUUUCUUCAGAUGAUUGUGAGGGACAUCAAUGAAGCAGACAGGACGGUGCUUACCACGACUACGAAUAUCUGUUUUCCGCAAGAUGACGAUCGCAGAAUUCUGUGGUUUUCAUUGUAUGAUUGUCCCGACUCUGUGGCGGAGUGGCUGUCACAUUCUCUUCCUUACCACUUUGUCACUGGGCGGGCGAAUGAACAGGUGGAAAAUUUCGCCAUAGAGGUGAUAUCAAAACUGCUAUCAUCUACAUCCUCUCCAUCGAAUCAAAUCAUAGCCAAUUGCACUCUUCUUGCUUGUGUCAUGGUCGGAGUUCAGUUUGAGAAGAAGGACAUAGUUCGGAUUGAUAAAAGUUCUGCCCUGCCUCGAUUUGCGAAUGCCCUUUUGAAGCAGUUCCAAACUACUCUCUGGGCAUGGUAUGGAGGUGAUCUCAGCAAUGACAACACAGGCGUCGCACCGAGUUGGGCAUGGAACUUCAUCAAAGUCAUUUGUCUGGUGCUCGAGUCUGCCAAACAUUACUAUCAUCCUUUAUUCUCCACCACGCGGAACCUGGACGUGUGUAGGAAGAUUUACUCACGAGUGAGAUCAUCCGAACAAAAUCCUCCGUGGGAACUGUUGGGUGCUCUGCGAAAUGCAGUGCGCUUCACGCUCGCCGCUGCCAAAGUAUCUCGGGACCCUGCCCACUUGUGGAAUGGCCAACCUUUUUGGACAGAUGAUUCCUAUUUGCCAGAAGACUUCGACUGGUUGGUUGACUACCUCGAGUACAUUGAUUCCGACGACCAAGAAGCAGUAUUCGACAUCCUUUUGCUCCUGGUUGUCAUAAAAGUACGCUGCAGCCCUGCUAAAUGGCAUCAGUUCUUCAAAAGCCUCAUUACCUACAUGAGUAGUCACAUACCUGUCCACUUACGUCAUGCUGCCCUUCGCCUUGCCCACAGUGCCCGAGAAGAAAUGGUCUCGAUCGAUGUCAUUGAUAAUGUGGAGCUGCGGGACAUGAUCUUGACUGAGUUCUCCCCCGCUAUCCUGACUGCAGUUUGUCCGCAAUCAGGUGUAACACUCUCCGACGAUGAUCCUGACCGCUUCUUCCGUCAUGACCGCGACUUGGGCUAUCUCGAACUACUCUUUGCCCUCGCGAGGAAUUCCAACUGGCACCCCCAUUUGUUCCAGGAUCACCAUAUAGAUCGAUGCAUUAGCAUUGUUGCAAAGUGCCACUUCGGGGAACAUGCAUUUUACCUAGCUGGCAUCCUCCUCCGGAUCGCACCCGAACAGUUGUCAGUUACAUCCCUCAAUUCUAUUACAGGGCAGCAGUGGUGGGACUUGAUGAAAAAUGCAUGGCUUCAUGCCAGCUAUAUCAUUGACGACAUACACUGUUUCAAGUUCCUUCCCGUCCUUGUGGAAGGCACGAAGAGGUAUAUGCACAUUCCUCUGGAAUUAGAUCUCAAGUUCUUCAUUGAAGAUGCGGAUCGUGUUCUUAUCGCACUAGAGGGACAAGAUUCACAGCAGGGAGAGGGAGGGGGUGUCGCCGUUGCCGUGAAAGAGUUGAGGACUGUAGCCAGCGAUAUGCUUGAGAAGUUGGUCAGCAGUAAAGGAGUUGCUGGUCCCUGAUUAUCACAGUCCUUGCGUCCUUGGACGUCCAGAGGAAGGGAUGGAGCAAUGCAACUGUGAGAGGGGAUAAGUAUCACAACUACAACAAUAUUGAUACCAAAUAUUCGACGUCUGCGCCAAUGGUGGCUGCAACACGCUUCCCAAAAAUCUUGACUGAUAUCUUACACACCAUCGGGUGCUCUGCAUAGCUUCAGAUACGAGCCCCGAGCGACUCCUAAUCAGAAUGUAGGUCACAAGCAGAUCAGGAUCACGAAGAGAUUGGGUCCCAGGUAAAUUCGGCAAGCUCGCUUUCGGAUGUGUCUUCAAGAGGGCAGUCGAAUGUGAAUUGAUCGAGGAAUUUUGGUGUAGGAAAAAAAAUGAAUUUACGACGGGCGCGAUUGCACAGGCCCCAGAGGUCUG